UUUCAGAUGCGCUAUGUGGAAAGCUGAUGGAACCACUUACUCAGGGCAUCACUCCUCAAAAAUACCUCUGUGAUAUACGGAAAAGCACAGUCUGGGUAGAUGUGAUGUUUGUAGUUGAUUCGUCUGCUGCGAUGACAAAGACAGGCUUUGCUGAGGUGACUCAGUUCAUUGCCGCCUCUAUGCGAGAUCUGUCAGUAGGUCAAAUGCCUACACAAACACGAGUAGGAUUUAUCACAUACUCUGACGAUGCUAAGCUAGUGUAUGACUUAACUUACUGGCGGUCUACGAAUGAUCUGAUUUCGAAACUCAGUCUACCGUACAGUGGAUCAAGCGGCACAAAUAUGGCAGCUGCACUCCAAAUGGCCAAUGGUGUUUUCAACUCAAGAUCUCACAGACUUAACGUGCCAAAAGUAAUCGUGGUUAUAGCUGCAGGAUAUAAGAAGAAUAGCGAAAGCCCGGUUCCGGCGGCCAACACAUUCAAAGACUUUGGAGGCAUAUUAAUUACUGUUGAGUAUCUACAAGAAGGCGGCAUACCUGUACCAAUCCUUACUAAGAUUGCUAGCGAAGGAUAUUCAACUGGUAAUCAGCACGACAACCUCAAUUAUGACACCUUGGCUACCAUGCUAGGAAGAGCAAACUGUUUCUGUCCGGACAAUUAUGUUCCCUACCUUAAUAGCAGACCUGAAUACGGUUGCUACAGAGCAGCGAGAAUGCCAGCAGAGCGAAGCGGAGCUGAAAGAAGCUGCGGUCUCGAACAUAAUGGAAAACUCGUAAAAGUUGAGAACUACCAAAAAGCCGAGUUCCUAAUGAACAUGAAACCUGCAUUGAAAAGCGAAGCACUGAUUGGUCUGAAACGUUGUUGCGGUCAACAAUUUCAGUGGCAGGAUGGCUCCAAACUUACACCUUACGACUUUACGAUGUGGUACAACAACGUUGCGCCAAAAACUGGAGAUGAGUGCGUAUCCAUGUCCUUCGACAACUGGAAUGGAAAAUACUUCUGGAAGAGCCAUUCAUGCACAAAAGGAUUGCCGUACGUAUGCGAAAUAGCACCAUGCAGUUCAACCAACUAUUGCUCCGAGCCGCUUAUGUUGCGUCGCCAAGCUCAUCGUAUGUACAUGGCACCCAUCAAACAAGAAGCUGAGAAGCAGCCAUGAAGGCUCCAGUUCAUCAUGUUUGCAAAUUUUUCUUUCGCUUUCUGAGAAAUAAAUAUUCAGCAUGUUAUUAUGUGAAGAAAUGAAC